UUCUGCCAGCAGUGACAGUAAUGGCAGAACAGUAGCGCUGCAGGACAUUGUUUUGGGCUUAUAAAUGGAGAUCCCUCUGCCUCCAAGUAUACUCCCUUAAGAACGUUAACUGAAGGUAGUUAGCUUGUUUGGAUGGGCAGGAUGGCUUUCUUUUCAUCUUCUCUUCCAUCGUUUGUUUCCUUCUUCCUAUGUUUUUCUCAGUUCUUCAUCUUCUUCCACUGCUACACCAUUACCCUUGCCUUCCCUGUCCAUCAGCAUGAGCACCAUCCACACCACAUUGCCGCGACCCAUGACUAUAGAGUUGCGCUAACUAAGUCUAUUCUUUUCUUUGAGGGCCAAAGGUCAGGUAAACUUCCUCCAAACCAGAGGUUGAAAUGGAGGAGGGACUCCGGCCUCUCUGAUGGCGCUGAGAUGCAUGUGGACUUGGUGGGUGGUUACUAUGAUGCAGGGGACAACGUGAAGUUUGGAUUCCCCAUGGCUUUUACUGCUACCAUGCUAUCUUGGAGUGUGAUUGAGUUUGGUGGGAUGAUGAAGACCGAACUCCAACACGCAAGGGAAUCCAUUCGCUGGGCCACAGAUUACCUCCUCAAGGCCACUAACCAUCCUAAUACCAUAUAUGUUCAGGUGGGGGAUGCGAACAGAGACCAUGCUUGCUGGGAGAGGCCAGAGGAUAUGGACACUCCGAGAACAGUUUUAAAGAUCGACGAAAGCAACCCUGGUUCCGACGUCGCCGCUGAGACAGCCGCCGCUCUUGCAGCCGCUUCCAUUGUCUUCAGGAGAGUCGAUCCCAUAUACUCUCGAGUCCUUAGAAAGAGAGCCAUCCAUGUGUUCGCAUUCGCUGACAAAUACAGGGGCCCCUAUAGCAACGGAUUAAAGACCUUCGUUUGCCCCUUUUACUGCUCCUACUCCGGAUACCAGGAUGAGUUACUAUGGGGAGCAGCAUGGCUUCACAAGGCAACAAGGAACCCCGCCUAUUUGGCCUACAUUCAAACCAAUGGACAAACCCUCGGCGCCGACGAGUCCGACAACACCUUUGGCUGGGACAACAAGCAUGUCGGAGCGCGUAUACUUCUCUCUAAGGCAUUCCUAGUUCAAAAUGUCAAAUCCCUCCACGACUACAAAGGCCACGCGGACAACUUCAUCUGCUCCCUCAUACCCGGCGCAUCCUUCUCCCAAACCCAGUACACCCCAGGUGGUCUUCUCUUCAAGAUGGACGAUAGCAACAUGCAAUAUGUGACAUCAACAUCCUUUCUCCUCCUAACCUACGCCAAGUACUUGACAUUUUCCUCCAAAUCGGUAACUUGUGGCGGCGCCACCGUUACUCCACAUACGCUUCGAUCAAUUGCUAAGCGGCAAAUCGACUAUCUCCUCGGCGACAAUCCUCUGAAAAUGUCUUAUAUGGUCGGCUACGGGUCGAGAUACCCCGAGAGAAUCCACCACCGUGGCUCCUCGCUUCCAUCAGUCUCAGAGCACCCGCAACGCUUCCCCUGCUCCGCCGGAUUUGCUGCUCUUAGCUCGUCAGCACCUAAUCCGAACGUUCUCGUCGGCGCUGUUGUCGGUGGACCCGAUGCGCAGGACCAUUUUCCCGACGAGCGGUCUGAUUACGCGCACUCAGAGCCGGCAACGUAUAUCAACGCUCCGCUCGUUGGCGCUCUGGCUUACUUUGCUCAUUCAUCCGGUCAGCUUUGAAGUUCAAUUAAUUAGCCGUUAAGAAGUCUUCAAGAAGUAGCUUUUAGUAUACUCAUGACUGUAGUACAAUUAGUCUUCUUAGUCUCGAAUAUGUGUCAAAGAGGACCCCGGUGCGUCUAAAGUAAGGGUACGCGAGGGUUUGCUUGAUUGUUAUGGUGUAAACCCUUCAGCUUUGUUGUGUACUUUUUUUUUUUUCAACUAAUUUUAUGGUUUUCAUGCUUUUGCC